CAGAACGACGUUGGCUUUCAUGGAGCGCGUACGCGGCGGAUUGUAAACGUUAUACCGUGCGAAGCCGAGUGGACCCACUCACACGAACGGGGCGCGCUUUCUCUCCCUCCUUUCUCUCUCUCUCUCUUUCUCUGUCUAUCUUUCUCUACCUUCUCUCUCUCUUUCUCUCUCUCUCUCUCCCUCGCCCUGUCUUCUCCGUCUGUCGCGAUCGCGGACGGUACGACGCACGCUCCCUUUCUUGACGUAUCCCCGCCUCGCGGCCGCCGGAGAUCCUCAGUAUCCUCACGUCCUCACUUCAGUCCUCAGUCUCGCGGUAAAGGACGUCGCGCGAGCUUCACAGAGUUGCAGGGCGUCUGAUAGGAAGAGGACACGUACAACGCACAUAUAACGCGUAAAGAUGGCAGAGGACAAGAACGAGACUAGCCCCGGCGCCGAGGGCGAGAAGCCGCCGCAGGAGACGGCGGCGGCGGCGUCGCCGCCGGCCAAGGAAGAGCCGACGAAGGAGCGCAAGGAGGACGAGAAGAAGGUCGAGGAGAAUGGCGAGGGCGAGAAGCCGAAGGAGAACGGCGAGGAGAAGACCACGCCGGAGCCGAAGGAUAUGCGGGCGAUCGUGCUCAACGGUUUCGGCGGCCUAAAGAGUGUCAAGGCCCUGAGGAAGCCGGAGCCCGCCCUCGGCGAGGGAGAGGUCCUCAUCCGCGUCAAAGCCUGCGGAUUAAACUUCCAGGAUUUGAUGGCCAGGCAGGGCGCGAUCGACUCGCCCCCGAAGACCCCGUUCAUCAUGGGCUCGGAGUGCGCGGGUGACAUCGAGCAAGUCGGCGAGGGGGUCGAGAAUUUCAAAGUGGGCGAUAGAGUGGUCGCCCUUCCCGAUCACAAAGCGUGGGCGGAGCUGGUCACCGUCCCGGCGACGUCCGUUUUCGCGCUACCGUCCGGGAUGAGCUACCUCGACGCGGCCGCCAUCACCAUGAAUUACACCGUGGCUUACAUCCUGCUCUUCGAGCUGGCCCAUCUCACGCCCGGCAAGAGCCUGCUGCUUCACAGCGCCGGCGGCGGUGUGGGUCAAGCGGUGGUGCAGCUCGCGAAAACCGUGAAGGACGUCACCAUCUUCGGAGUGUGCAGCAAAUCCAAGCAUGAGGCACUCAAAAACGCAGGGACUAUCGACCAUCUUCUGGAACGCGGCGCGGACUACAGCAACGAAGUCAGAAAAAUCUCCCCGGAAGGCGUAGACAUCGUCUUAGAUUGCUUAUGCGGCGAAGAAUGUAACAAGGGCUACGCCCUCUUGAAGCCAAUGGGCAAGUACAUUCUUUAUGGAUCCAGCAACGUCGUCACCGGGGAAACUAAGAGCUUCUUUUCCGCAGCGCGAUCAUGGUGGCAAGUCGAUAAAGUAUCGCCCAUAAAGCUGUUCGACGAAAACAAAACAUUGUCUGGAUUGAAUCUACGCCACUUGAUGUACCAGCACGGUAGUCACGCGUUCGUUCGACGGGCGGUGAAUCAAGUGUACACGCUGUGGAGCGAGGGCAAGAUCAAGCCAGUAGUGGAUUCUACAUGGGCGCUGGAGGAUGUGCCCGAGGCUAUGCAAAAAAUGCACGAUCGCAAGAACAUCGGUAAGAUCGUGCUGGAUCCGAGUCUGGAGCCGAAGCCCAAACCAGCUACGCCGGCUAAGGGCAAAGCGAAAGACAAGAAGGCCGCGAAUCAGGAGGAGAAAAAGGCGUCUAGCGUAGAGUCGGAAGAAGGGGAGAAGAAGAAGGAGCCCGAGUUGACAAACGGUACCUCAGAAGACAAAUCUGAUAGCGAUUCGAAAGAGAAGGAAUCUAGCUGAAUUAGCGAUAGUAACUAAUCCUCUAAGAACAAAGAAAUGAUACCCGUAAACAUCAAGAAUUCCCAGGAAAGUACUAUUGCUGAGAGAUCCAUCGCUGUUAUCCGAGAGAACGAUAAAAUUUGACUUGAGUAAUCCACGAAUGGGUGGAAUAUUGCGUAGAAUUUACGUGCAGAUGAUCCACAAUGAGAGAACUGUAAUUCAUAUCGUAUGACCUAAUAAUAUAACGAGGGAAAUGUAAUCUGUCUCUUCGAGCAGAUAAAACAACCUGUGGAAUAUGGAAUUAAAGUUUCAAUUUAGCGAGUAAUUGAUCGCUUGCACUGUAAGCUAUACACUGCUUUCUUUUUACGUCAAAACGGAUGUUCCUCUCUUUACCGUAUGUCAUCUGCAUGUAUCUAUUUUACACACAUUUGCGCCGAGAUUAAGAGUUCAUGCGAGUUACGAGAAAAGGAGAAUCAACCAGCAUAUUGCAUAAAGGACGAGAGAAUCAACCAAAUAGAAAUAAAAAUCUUGAUGCGGUCCACAGUAGUUUACAGAAUAUAAGAAUACGUUAUGUUUAUUUUUUCACACCGACCAAAUGGUUAAUUUUGCGAGGAGUUAAGUAAACAACUGUUGGAUACCGGAUAGUUAUUAAGCAGCUUGGCUCCUUUUUUUUAUUAUCGUUAUUGUCAUCAUUUUAGGAAAUGGUAACAGCAUUUCCGUACUUAUCAAACAACCAUGAAGAUGACGUAACAGAAACGCAGUUUAAUAAGCAGUUCAAUAAUUGUAUGUUGUCCAACAGCUACCUACUUGGCUCUGUCUAUUUGUAUCGAAUACUAUCGCUGCUAUUAUGAUAUAUACUAACAAUCUCUUACAUUAAUAUAAUAUUACCUCUAUUUGUAAUUUAAUGGGAUAAAAUAACAUAUUGCGCUAGAGUUUCCGUGGAAAAAAGCUAAACGCGGGGCUGCAUUACUUUCGUAUGUAAAUUUUAUGUAUUAAAGAUGUUUUUACGCCACCUUAUUAUUCAUCGUGAUGCUUUUGUCACGAUGAAAUAUCCUUUUAAAUUUUAACGAUAUAGUCAUGAAAGUCAAGAGUAAUAUUUAGCAUUAUAUAUUAUGGGGCAUUUCGCUGGAAUUUAGAUAUUCUUUUUUCAUACUCUUUCAUAUUCCGUAGUUUUUAUGUAAAAUUGUAACCUUCAAGAUUUUUCUACGUAAAAAUUGAAAAGUAAAAAAAAAUCAAAGUCUAUAUGUAACUGCCUGAACAUUUGUUGCAAUCGGUAUUUUUCUAUUAUUGAGAUUCUAUCUCUUCAAAUUAUUGAUAUGUACUGAUUUCUGCAACGAUAUAUCAACGAGAUGCUUUCAAGAUAUUUCGAUUAAGUUUUGGAAAUCCGAUGUAACGCAAAACUAUUUAAGGAUAAAUGCAUUCGUUAAUGUUUAUCAUGCGCUAAAAAGUUCGGAUAGCGAUCAGAUUUAAUAUCUAAUCUGAAUAUAAGAACUUACUGAAUAUAUAACGUGAAUUAAUUAAGCGAAAAUGUAAUUAGACUGACUAAUUAUGGCUUGAAAUUGUAAAAGCCUAAUAGAAAAACAUUGCUCGGCACAGAGGUGCUUUGAGAAUUAUCUUAGCGAAUGUUGGCGUAUUAUUAUUUCUAUGUGAAAAAGAGACUUUCGAAUCAGUUUUAAUGAAAGAAACACCGAGCGUACGUGCCCGUACGAUACGCAUGUCUCGUCGUUUUUAUUCAGAUAUACGAAUCGAUAAAGUAUUUUAAAGACUCCGAGUAACUUUUUAUCGUUUAAAUGAAAUUUUAUAAACAUUUUAAUGACGUUGCAUCAACAUAUGUACAUGAAGAGUAAUUUAAUGAAUUAGCAUUGUAGAUUUAUAUUGCUUUUCUUUUCUAUAAGAAGGAACGACAGUCUAAAGUACGCAAAGGCCUCAUUUUUUUAUUAUCGCAUAUUCGCGUGAAUGCGCAGUUGUGUCGCUUGGACACCGAAUGCGUGACUGCGAUAAGUCCGAUAAGUUGUGUUAAGGUCCGCAUUGCGGAUUUUUUCCUCGACUUUCGAACCUUCGAGUUAUAAUUUUCCGACCGGCCGUGAUAUAUAAAUUGAAUAUAUCGUCGGCCGUUCUGCGCGAUUAAACAGCGAAGGACGCGUUACUAACGAUGAUCUGUCGAACGAGAAGGUUUCGUAGUAAUAUCAACGGAAGAUUAAGGAUCCUCGUGAGUGUCUCGAGGAGAUGAAGGAAGAGGAGAAGGGAAAAAAAGGAUCUCGAGGGCGUGUCCUCAACGGAACGCGCCUCGGUGGAGGAACGCUGGCCGAUGCAGAAUAAAGUGUGCAUAUCUCUCCGGAACGUUGGAACAAUUUUGAUGUAGCCGAUUUCGUUAGGAUUUGAUACUAGCUCUGUAUACCGAUAUCUAUAUUAUACAAAUCACUAUGCGAGAUGAAAAAGGAAGUCACGCGGACGAGGGGGAAGGUAUGCGUCGACGAUAUCCCGCGCGCCGAUCUCGAGCGCGUCUCGGGAGUGGCGCGCGGUACGCGCCAAGAAUUAACUGCCGUAUCGAAUCUCUCGGUCCAAAGGUACAUAAAAUACUAAUCCUUGCUCGUCGAGAAAAAAAACGUAUCAGUCUGAAAAAGAAAAAGACAAAAAAAAGUGUGGUAAAAAAAAAACUGCGAAAAACAUGGUAAAUGUGGCUGCAUAUUUUGAGACAUCUUUUAAACACGUAACGAUAACACACGAUAAUCCCACACGAGGCGUACACGAGUACACGCUCACACAUAAUACGACCGACACCACACAUCAUACUGUAUAUUUUAUUGUAAGGCUUUAAAUGUUUCAUCAAAUAACUCUAUUAUAUUAUAAUAUAUCUAUAUAUUUGUAUCGAUCGUUUCCUCCUGCCCUGAUUACUUUUCUUUUUUUUACUUAGGUCCGAACGUCAGAAUAUAAGAGUCCGGGAUCUGUGCGAGAUGUUACACGUGGGAUCGGGUGCGGGGGCUUUGAAUUUAAAGCGUAGAUUGGCGCGAGGGAAUGCCAUUUCGGGAUAUAAUUAAGUAAUAUUAAUCGAACAGCCAAAUCUUUUACGUACAACUGCCGUAAGAAAUUGCGUUUCCAGAGAUGUUUUGCGCUCUCUUGGUUGAAGGACGACCUCGCGAAUAUGUUGCAUAUUCAAUAUUUUCUGUAUAGCUAGUAAUAUAGCUUGUGUGUUCUCAGUUGUUUCUCCCUCGACGAAAGAGAGACGAGAUAUUUCAGAUAUACUUUGCGUAAUUAGCUGCCUUUGACAAAGAGCCGGAGAACAAAGCCGCGAGUUCAUUACGUUGAUUUGUGUUGAUUAUUAACGUAUUUGACCGCCGUACUCUGGAAAUGUUUACCUGAAGCGAAAAUCUAAAAGCGGACGAAAAAUCAUGCGCUAUCCUCCCUAUAUCAUAGCGCUGUCUCGUAACUGCGAAACGUAAUUGUAAUUUUGGAAAAACGUUUUAAUUAAGAGCAUGAAAGCGCUACGUGAACGUUGCGAAAAUGUUUUUAUCAACCGAAUUUCUAUUUUAUAACACACAUACUUAACGUGUCACAUUUUUGUGACGCACGUUUAGAUCGUUCGAUGAAGCCAUUUUUAUAGUAAAUUUUAUGAGCAGGACUCGAAGAUUUUUAAACCAUGGGACAAUCGGCGCAAAUUGCCACUCUGAAAUAUGCGUUUGAUAUAGUUUUAAGAAUGAAAAAUCAUGAUUUUUUGUGCUAUCGUCACAAGAAUCGUCAAGUGAUAUAAUUCAUUACUCAUUCAUUUACGCCAGAAUGAAUCUUUGAAGCCAAUUGUGGCCAAAAUAUACAUUAUAAAUCAUCGUCGGGAGAAUGACGAAGAGAAAUUGUUCGCAGUUGCUGCCAAAAAGAAAGGGGGUUGCGCGGCGGGUAACAGUUUCCAAGCUUCAGUGACAAUUUUCUGCCGUUGGAAGAAUAGUUUCGCUCUCGUCUCAAGGCUACGACCAUUCCGUUUGGCGCGAUAGAGAGAAAGUUAGAGAAGGAAGUUAAAGAAUGUUGUGCGUCUUAUUAGUUAUGCGAAACCGCAUCGUUGGAGAGCAGGACCUACAAUUUCGCGAACGUGAUACAUUAUGAUUGUGUAAAAUUGUAAAAUUUAUCGAGGGGUCCGGGCGAAAGCGACGCGCUCUUUUCGGCUGUGAGACUCUUGAGUCGCGACCAGCCUCGCCGAAGAUGCUCACGAAUGAAGGGAAAGGAUACCUUCGCCCGCUCCCCGUCAAGCUUGAUAUAUAGAUUGUAUUUUUGGCUUAUUACUGUAAGACUGACUAUGUUGCUAUAUUAAAGAUUGCUUCAAAAACAA